AUGGAGUCCGACCGCUCCCACAUGUCCAUCACCCUUCCCAGGAACUUUCAGUUCCACUACCGCGACGGACACAUGCCUCAAACCCCAGAGCCAGAGCCCCAACCUGAGGAGUUGCAGCCGCCUCCGCCUCCGCGACAGACGCUCAAGGUCCGCCGGCGUCGAACUACCAUGGUGCAGCACGAUGACGUGGAUUUCCCCAUGGAUCAGCGGCCAAUUCCCACCAUCGAGGCACCUGAGCUGCACUCAGAGUUCUCGUCGGAUCUACCUCUCCCAGUGCCCAUGCAGGAUGAUGCAUAUUUGUCACCUGGCGUCACCUACACCCGCAUGCUGUCGCCGCCGAAGACUCCAGUGGCCCAGAUGAGGACCAUCGCAAGCUUUGACGGACCACAGCACUGGUCUGACAUCGACCAAUCAAGCCAGAGUGAGUCGUCAAGCAGACCCACGUCCUCUUCUGGCUUCUCCGACUCGUCCUUCUCGUCUCGCGGCAGCAUUGAGUCGUUCAUGUCGAGGGAUGGCAGUUGCACAAGCCCCGAAGACGAGGUCACGGAUCCAAUGCUUGCCUUCUCACCUGAGGUCAAGUACGGGCAGCCGACGACCUCACCACUGCCAGCGUUCCAGUCCGCUCGUCCCGCUAAGAGCUUCAAGAUGAGGGCAACCUUCACCGAGGACAUGGACUGCCACCUCUGGAUGACCUACAUGAAUUACUUGCAAGACCCCACAGUGACACCGUUCAAGGCGUUGCCAGGCACGACUCCACCAAACGGUGUUUGCCAUCGCGUUGCGCGUAUGGCACGCAAGACAUGGAAAGGUCCGCGAUUGACCCGCGCCGGUGUACGAGCCGGUGCCCAGUUCCGGUCUCGCUCUGGCACAGAAGACACCAUCCGCCCCUUGAAGAGUGGCAGUAACACACCUGUGGCUCGGGCCAGCAAGUCCUUGCUCCGCUAUCCAACGGAAAAGCAAUGCCGAAAGCGGUUGCGCGAUCUUGCAAAGCAGAAGCCGACGCUCUCUGCUCAUUAUCAGCGUCUCUUGCUCCUCGCCACCAAAAGAGACCUCAGAAGCCCCAAGUACAGCUCAGGCACCACCGCUGUCAUCGCCCUUCUCGAAGGGAACCACCACAUUCUCAACGCGCGACAUGAACGUGUCCCUCGCGACAAGCACUGCCACAUCAAUGCAAACGGGCAACCCACUUUCGAAGUUGGCCACUGGAACCCCGCGUCCGGCACCGAGGACAUGGUCGAACGCAGCUCUAUGCGUGGGUCGUCUUUCAAAGCCAUGUCAGAGAUGACCGACGUGAGCAUGCACCAGUCCAACGCUCAGACCUGGCAUCCAAACUCUUCCUCUGCCCAGCCACCUAGGCUCGGAUCACCAUUCCAGUUACACACGCCACGUCCUAUCUCUAGAGUUUUCAAGCGUCGUGCUCUUAACAGCAGCUUCGAAGACAGGGCGCGCAACCGAGGCAACAGCUUCGUGGAUGAGUUGUUUGGUGCUCCUGCUGAGUCAAGCCACCGCCGUGUAAGGAGUCGUGGCUUCAGUUUGGGUGACAUGGCGGAGGGUGCCAGGCGACUUCCCAUUGCUACCAACGCCCUUGAGAACAACCCGUUUGUGAAUGCUGGUACGAGUGUGCCGAGCUCUUCCAAGUACUCACCUGCUCAAAUGCAGGGUCAGGCUACCAUUCGCCUUGGCUCGCCUUUCGGCAGCCGUCCAAGCAACACCUUUCCUCGUGCAACUACGCCCCUCAGCUUUGAGCCGCCUGUUUCAUUCGAGCAGCGUCUUGCUGCCAUGCCCAGUGAUCAGGCAUUCUUCCAGCGCUCAUAG